AUGCCCACCACGUUUUCCAAAGAGAAACAAAACCCAAGCGGGCCCCGGUCCUGCCCCCCGCCGCCCCACGGUCCGCUCUCGGGUCCUCCGCCCCUGGCUCCCCAGCCCGCCGGCGAAGACACACACACACACACACACGAGCCGCGACCCCACCCGGCGCCCGCGCGCGGCCCGCGGACCCCGCAGCUCCCACCGGCCCCGGCCCCUCCGCCGGCCCCCGGCCGUACAAAGCCGCCGAGCCCGGCCCUCCGCUCGCGCGCCCGGGCCCGGCAGACCGCUCCGCACGCCGCACCCCGACCCCCCGGGGCGCCCUGCGCGCGGCUCUCGGGCGGCGCGCCCUCCGCGGCCCCAACUCACCGCGGCCGGGCCGGGCGCGCGUCUCGGGGGUGCGUCCGGGCCGAGGCGGGCGCCGGCCGGGGAACUGUUGCUCUCGGUGUCGCGGCGGCGGCGGCGGCAGUUCGCAGAACCCGCUCUCAUCGCCCUCCACUCCUGUCUGCCGCGAGGUUAGCAAAUCACCGCCGGCUGCGGCGCCUCCGCCGCGUCCCACGUCAACGCCGAGCCCCCUCCCCCGCGAGGCCCCGGCGCCUCUCCAUCUUUAGUGCUGGCGGCCGAGCCGGCUCCCUGCCCACAGCCGCCCCCUUCCCGCCCCGCCCGCGCCGCCCGCCGCGCUCCGGGCUUCGCCUGACACCUAGCUGCCGCCGGGCGCCCGGCCGGGAGCAGGGAGGAGCGGCGCGGCCCCCGCCGCAGCCCCGGGCUCUCCGUGCCCCCUGGACGCGGGUUCGCGCGGCGCUGCGGCUCCGGCGCGGAGUUUCGUCCCCGGCCCGGCGCGUGCCACCUCGCCCGCCACGCUUCCCCGGGCUCGGGGCUGCACACGCUGUACCCGACACCGGUCCGCGCCCGGCCUUCGCGCCUCCGGGGGGCGCGCGUCCCGGCGACAAGUCCCCAGGCGCAGAGUUCGCGGGCCCCGUGACCCCGGUGCCGGAGGGGCCGCGGGACCAGCCGUCGGGGGAGACGCCCCGUCUUAGCUGCCGCGAUCCCUGGAGGCCGAGGAUGUGCUACGGGAAACUGCAACGGUCAACUCCGUCGGGUCCUAAAAACGGGAGAUGUCGGUCUUGCCAGGAGGUCAUGCUGGAGAGGAGGAAGACAAGCGCAUGGCAAAAUUAUGAGAACACUGGAUUUCUAAUGAGAAGACCCGGAUUCAAGGCCAGCUCUGCCAAACACUUCCUGCCAGCCCUGGACACAGGUCACUCACUCUCUCCCUGUGCUUCAGUGUUGUCCUCUGUGAAAAUGGAAAUAGUAUGUGGAAAAUGUCUCUGACCGUUUUAAAGUGCUUGCCCUAAGACCUAUUCCCAAUUCCCAAAUCCUGUGGAAUUCGGGUGAGUUAUUCCCCUUUCUUAGGGCCUCAGUUCCUUGUGGAUAACAUGAGGAUAUCAGAUUCAUUUUCAUAGCCAACUGUAGCUGUGAAAGUCCACAAUACUCUAUGGGCUCCAUCAGAUGCACUGAAAUUAGGUGCCAGCAACGUUCCAGUUGAGAGAAGAUGUGAUGUGGUUAAGGAAGAGGUCUCUCCGUAUCGUCGUUUUGAUUCCCACCAUAAGGGAACCCGAGGCCUGGGGACCUUCCACCUCUACACAUAAGCAGGCAAAGUGGAGCCCGGUAAGCCGGGCGGCUGGGCAGGAAAAGAGCCGGUUCCAUCAGGGAGGGCUCUGUGGCUCCAGAAAGAAAGGGACAAGUCAGUGGUGAAGCUGAGGCCAGGCCAGAGGAAGGGGUAGGGGCUGGGGGCAGGGCAGACAAAGUGAUGGGACUGUUUAUCUGUGACCCAAAUAAGGUGUCCUUUGGAUGGGGGGUGGGGAGGGGGUGUAGAGACUUAGAUAGAGAUGGAGGUGUGCUACUUUGAAUCAGGUCCAGGAACUCAUUUGUUUCUCUCUCGUUCAGAAAUCCUGCCCCAACACUGUACACCUGACUCAAAGCAGGUAACAAAAUUAAAGGUUGCACCUCAGGGCCUUUGCACUUGAUGCCUUCCCCCACCCGUGCCUCCUGCCCUACCCCCAUGCAAAUCUCUCCUUCCCUCACAGAAUACUCAAAAAGAACUUUGACAGAGACAUCCUCCCUACAUUCGCCUUAUCUGGAGCUGCCACCCACCCCUCAGGCCCUCUGCCCAACCUGGUUGUUUUCAUAGCCCUAGUUCUACAGGAAAUUGUUUCCUUUGUGUAUAUAACUGCUUGUUAAUACCCUGGAGCUCCCCCAUAGUUACUGGAAGCUUCCUGCAGGCAGAGGGCUCAGGUGUUUGUACCCAGAGCACCAGAACAAAGCUUGCAGUGGGGGACUCCUCAUAAAUAUCUGUUGGAAGAGCAGGAAAACAUAUCCAGCAAUCUGCAGCUUUUUCUUUUUUCUCUUCCCAGGAAGACCUUUUAAACAAACAGCCCGUUCUUGAGCCUACGGGAUUCGGGUCCAAAGGGAGUGUGUCCCGCAGGCUCCAGGCUGGCUGUGGAGCCGCACUUAUUUUUAUUUUUACCAAGCCCACUUCCAGAAGGAGGCUCAGCACCAAACCCGGUACUUGCCCGUCCUCUUCCGUUUUGUAAAGAGACCAACUCACUGAGAUGACAGAGUCGAGUCGAGACGUGGAUUCAGGUACCACUGCUGGUGCACCUGCAUCUGCGCGCUAACCUUCUUCCAGGGAAGCCAGACUUGCUGAAUCCCCGUGGCCACUGCCACCGUGCGGGGAUCACAGGGCACCACCCAUAGAGGGUGUUGGAAAUUAUGGUCUCCUCCACGGCACCAGGGUGAGGAGAGGCACCAGGGUGCAAAGUUUAGGGAGGCAUCACACGUGGGGCACCUGCACAGUUACGAGCGACUCCUUGUUAAAUUUUGCACCGUCAGUACCGCUCCCACCUCACCUUGUCCUGGUCCUGCACGUUGCUGUUUUCUGCCAGCUCUCUGUCCUUCUCCAUCACGUCAUAGGACACUUCUUUGUCUAGAAUUACCACAAUAAUUAGAGAGUAGACUGAGCUUGGGGAGCAUUUGACCCACUCCGCCAGCUUGCUUCUCGCUACCUCUUGGCAACCUCUCCCACAAACGGCCACUAGAAUUGUUUUUCAGAAGGACAGACCUGUAAGGUGCUGUUCUGCCUCCUGGACACUGUCAGGCUUACACAGCUUUGGACAGGCUGAGCCUCCUGCCCAGGGUACCCUGCCCUUUGGGCCCAAGUCAUUUACCCUUCAAAGCUUGACUCAAGGUCACCCAUGCUCAAGAUGGCUCCAAAACUGGAGCAAAGCCGAUGUGAACCCAGGUCGUCGCGGGCGGCUGGGCAGGCUGUGGGGCCAGCCUGACCUGGGUAUUUGCAGACGGUCGGGACCUAACAAGCCGGCUAGCCAGAGCGUCCCAGCGGUUCCUUCCCCACAAGCCCUGCACUAAAGGGGUGGGAGUGGGGAGGGUCACCUUUGGUUCCCAGCCUGGGACCACGUGACGCCAGCUUUUGAACAAACUUGUUUAUAUUUCCCUGUGACAACAUGGAUCCGAGUUGUGGCUAAUGAAGCGAACCCAGGUUGCCAGGAACCUCCCCACUCACCUGGGCCUGUUUUUAGACUGCGCCCUGGCCUCGGGCUUUCCCCAGCUGCCACUCAGAGAUGUGCGACAGGUCUGUGGAGUCAGGGCACGGGCUCUGAGCAGCCCAGCCUCCUGCCUGGCCCCCUCUGGCCCCCUGCUUGCCUCAGUGCCCACUGUUCACUCUCCUUUCUCCUCGGUGUCUUACUUCCCCGCCCUCAUUGCUUGAUCUUGAGAAGCAAAGUCAGCCUGACAUUUUGCCCAGCCUCCCCAGGGACCUCGGAUCCGAGCUCUUUAUUCCUGUAAAGAAACUUAACGCCUGUGUUGGUUUGGGUGAGGCUUGGGGAGGAAAGAGUUUCACGCAUGCUGUGAUGAUACACCUACGGUGGCAACAAAUGACGAUGGCGUGCGUCUGUGUUGGCACAUACGACAUAGUAACUGUGUGAGUCACCUCUCAUGCUUUUUCUUGUUUAACCUCCUAGGGUUAAAUGAUGUUUAAAGGUGUUUCUUAUCAUGCCCAUCUCCAAAUGAGAGGUUUAGGCUCAGAGUUACAUCAAAUGGCUACUAAGAGGCGGUGUCCAGGUUAGCUUUGCAGGCUUCCGCUGUCACUGUCUGGGAGCCCGUGAACUAUCACCUCACCUCUCUACCUCUCAGGUGAACCGCCUCCAUGACAGAGAAAUAUGGAGAGAGAGUCCCAGGUACCUGGCAGCAGAGGAUGGUUGAAUAGGAAAAGAAAUGCAAAGUGCUAUAUAACUGUUGGUAAUUGUCCUUGGAAAUCUGAAACCGUGUGAGGUCUGUGAUAGAACAGAAUAACAUAUGACCUUGGGAAAUCUUUUUCACAUCUGAAAAGUAUUUAUAUAUAGUGUUUUGAUUUGAGCCUGUAUCUUUUAUUUUGAGAAAUUAUCAUCCUUUAUAAAAUGGGCUUUGGGGAUAGACCAUGAGGGGCUUCAUGCGUUUUAAAAGAUGGUUUUAUUUGAGCCAGUCUGGGAGUUCGCUAGGACAAAGAUAUUAUCCCAUUCUGCAGACAGGAAGCCUGAAAUAGGAAGUGGCUGUCAGGAGGCUGCUCAGAGCAGCACCUCCUGCCGUUUCCUCCGGUCCUGUCGGUAUUCCUUCCUGCUUUUGUUGCAGAAGCUGGGCAGGUGGCAUUGGUAAUAGGCUGGCAGGGCCAGGUAGGGACAGGAGAAGGUGUGGUGAGCGUGGUGGUGGAGCCCCUCAGCUUUAUCAGAAUGUGUGUAGGCCCCUCAUUAAACAUCACUGGUAUAAAACUCUAGAUAAGAUGUGAACUGUGGUUAACACGCAUGAUGCUAUUUUGCUGUCAUUUUUAAAAGCUUUUUUUAAGCAUUUAGGUUUUUCUCAUUUUCUCUUUUUAUUUUGGAGUCAAUGCAGUUUUUUAGUGUUGGGCAGUUCAGCUGACCUUUCCCAGCCUUAGGCAUUUUGCCUGGACUGCUUCUCACCAAACAGCCCUGGGCUGACCUUGUUUUUAGUUUUUGAGAUGGAGCUUUGGAACUUCAGCCAGGCAGAUCUGAGAUCAAAUCCUGUCUCUGACGCUUACUGGCUGCGUCCUGGGCAAACUGUGUUAACUGUCUUAUCCGUAAAAUGGAGAGAAUGAUACAAACACGGGCUACUUUUCAAGGUGUGAGUUUUAACGUGACAUAGAAUGUGGUGGUUCAGCCCAUGUCUGCAGCGCAGUAACUACGCAGUAAUUAUAGCUGUGCUCUUUGAAAUCUCUUUUCCCCUGAGGGAGUCGGGCUCGUGGGGACGGCCCCUGCAGGGCGGCUUUUCUGGGCGGCGUCUCUGAGAGAAGGGAGAGUGGGCUGUGGAGAAUCGUCCUGAUGGUGCCUCCUGAGCGGUUCUGAAAAGUGUUUCGAUGGAGAGCCCGGCAGUGGCCAGAAGGAGACCAGGCUGCAGGCGAAACUCCAGGCCCUCGGACCCCCUUUCUCCCCGGGCUGCCCGGAAUCCAUUCUAUGGGUUUAAAUCCAUUCUAAGGGCCGGGCUGAAAUCCAGAACCACACCCACGAGGCCCCAAGUUCAGCCCCCGAGUCUAGUUUCAGGACCCCCACAGCUAUCCCGCAUUGGCAUGGGGGCCUGGCAUGUCUGUCCUGCCCCAGAUCCUGGAGUUGGUAAGGGAAGCGGGGCAAGGAUGAGCACAAAGGGGACCCGCUGGGAGUGAGGCGGGCCAGGCGGGCACGAGAAGGGGGCCCUGGGGCCCUCCGUCCUGUGCGCGGUUGAAAGCAUCUGCGGCCCUCCCUGCCAGGCGGACAGCAGGGCUGGGAGCGUCACCCACCCUGGCCCAUCCCCCCGGCUAAGCUGAAGUCCAGCCUGGGUAAAAAGCCCAGCCAGAACUUGGGCUGUUGGGGAGCAAGUGUGGUUCAUCCCCCUGACCGUUUGAGAAUCACCAGUAGCAGUUGUCAAAAAUGAACUUCACCCUAAAACCUGCCCAGUCACUGUCUCUAAGGGCUGAGGCUGAGGAACCUGUAUUUUUAACAAAUAUUCCCCACAUGUUUGCGGGUUAGGAAUAGGAAGGUCUUUGGGGCUGAACAGAAAAUAAUCUAGAAAAAGGUCUUUAUAGGUUGAUUUUAAAUACAAGUUAAAUUUAAGACAGGAUUGGCAGCAAAUAUUUUGGUUUGGCAAAAUGUUUAUUCUACAACUACUCUGUGUCAGGAAUUAUUCUGCCAUCGGGCUGCCUCACAGUUUAAAGGGGAAGGUGGGCUUUGUACAGAGCAGCCCCAACACUGUGUUGCGGGCAACGCGAGGGGCCGGUGUGUGCACGUGCCAAGGGGGAGUCCAGGGGCCGGAAGCCGGAGCAGGGAAGCCUCCGCAUUUCCACUUCUGAGGUCAAGUAUUGUCAAGAGAAGAAGGCAGAUAAACCUUGCUUUUGUUUCCGUUAAACUGAAACGCAGGGAGGCCUUGAGGCUCUUCUUGGAGACGCUGAACCACCGGUGCACUUCUGUUCAUUCACCUGAAGCCUGGGCUCCGUGCAGUCAUGCGCACGACAUCUCAGCCGAACUACAGGACCUUCUGCUUGAUUCUCUCCAGUGAAAGCUGCAGGGAGCGCACAUCCGCUGCCCUUGGGAUCCAAGAUCUGGCUCCUCCUGCGGGACAGGCAAAGCGUUUCUGCUGUACACGGAUGGAGGCCAGUGCGCUCCUUCAAUGCGCAUCCACCUGCACACCCAGUGGUGCAGCAACCAGGUGGGGGCCCGGGGGCAACACGUGCUGCCUGGACUGGGAGCUCUGACCCACGGAGGCUGUGGAAAAGUCUGGUGAGGGAAGUGGGCUUCGUGUGGUUGCAGGACUGACCUGGCCGGCAGUCUGGCGCCCCGCAGCAGCCCAGGGCCCAGCCCACGCCGACCUGGCUGCUGCUCCUCCGGGCCCUGCUGGCCUCUAGUGGUCACAGGGUAGAGCUGAGCAGGACACAGAGCAGGAAGCAAGGGUUGGUCACCAACCUCCGCAGUUCUCACCCCUGGUUUGCACAUUGGGAUCCCCUGGGAGCUUUGAAAAUACAGCUGCUCAGCCCCACUGCAGGGCACUUAAGUCAAAAGCCCCGACGGUGGGACCGGGGAGCUGGCGCUUUGUUUAAAGUGCCCCAGGUGACACUAAGGCACAGCCAGGACUGAGAGCCUUUGGCCAAGAGCGCGGGUUUGCCCCCCUCUAUCCCGCGUGGGUGGGGGAGAGUGGGGGGCUGUGGGGUCGGCGGGUGCACAUGGCUGAGGAGAGUCCCCAGAGGAGUGCGGGGUACCAGCCUGGGCUUCUGUGUCCCAGAGAGCAGAUGCCGGUGACGCUGUGCCUGUCCCUGGUGUGGGAGUCCUGUGCCUGAGGGUGGCUGCCAUGGGUGACCAAGCCGGGUGGGGGGACCUCCUUCGUUAGGCACAGACGCAAGCAGCAAAGGGGCCCGUCAGCAUCUCAUGUCCUUACCAGUCAGGGGUGGUUUGCAGACCCUUCCCCAUUCCCGGAGUGUGUGCGCCUUGCUCCCAGGAAGCUGUCCUGCUGUCUCUCCUCAGUUGCUUCUCACAAAGAGAAAAGUCCAGAUUGAACAAAGCCGCUUCACCAUCAGCCCUGGGAGCAGUUGCAGUUCAGGUGGGUCUGCUGGGCUGUGGUUCCCAAGGCCGCCUGGAGGGUCAGUGCUUUUCUCCAGGCCCAGCUCUCCAGCCGGCCCUCCAUGAAAUGGUUUGGAAGGGAGAAGAGCCAGCGCCGGCGCAAUUAAAUUAAUUUCCAGCAGCUGCAUGGGAUUAAAAUCACCCACUUCUCUCUGGUCUCUGUGUAAUGUUCCUGAAAACGACCUCCCCAUCCUCUCCGUGCACUGCUUCUC